CGACUCCAUCUUAUGCACUCUAACUCGGUGCUCCCAUCGUAUCAGGCAUUAUCGCCGUCAACCAGAAGGGUGACCCUUCUCAGUAGGAAUAUAUGACCUUACACAAUGUCGGAAGGUACCGAUUGCACUGAGAAUCCCACAGGAUUGGGCGCCGAUAAUUUUCUCUCGAGGAUCACAUUUAGGAAAGCUUCACCAACAGAUAUUCUGAGAUGCGUCGAGAUGGUGAAAAAAGAAUCUAGGUCGAAAGGUUUAAUGUUUGUUUCCAAGAAUGAACUUGAAUACCGUCAGCAUUAUGCUGCAAACUACUACCGAUGUGCGGUUUACGAAGACGAGGAUGGCAAUAAUGACGAGGAUACGAUAGUAGGCUUCAUCACUGGUAUUCGAGUUGGGGCGAUAGAAGAGGCCGACAAAGUAGUGGGACAUGCACUCACCCACGUUGUCCCCCACGAUCCAAACGGCGAGGUAUUGAUUAUUCGAUCCGUGAUUGUCGGAGAGGAGUAUCGGAAACAAGGAGUGGGCAAGGCGAUGAUACAAGAUUAUAUCGGUGCAGUGCGGGAACUCCCGAAACAAUCGUCUUCAAAGCCCAAAUCAUCGAAGAAAAAGCCAAUUCAAAAAAUUGUUGGACUUUGUUGGGAUCAUGUAUUGCUGCCCUUUUAUCUUGCCUGCGGAUUUUCACUCCAACAGGCUCAUAAGGUUACUGGAGCAUGCACAGAAACUGAGAAGAGCGAUGAAUUACGACGGGCGUAUUUCUUCGAAUCAUCGCUCGCUGCUACCUUUGACUACGGAAUUUUUGGAGAUGGCAAUAAUGACGAUGGGUGUAACUAUUACAUCGUUGAUAGUUUCGCCUCCGUCCCAGGAACUGGUAAUCCUGCUUCUGUUGUUUUACUGAGAGAAGAAUUUGACCCCAUGGUGAAACACAAGUGGAUGCAAAAAGUUGCAGCUGAAUUCAACCUUGCAGAAACUGCCUUUUGUUGGCCGAAGGGUAGUAAUACAGGCAACGAUCAUGCAGAUGCUAUAGCAUUUUUUAAGAACGAAAGUCACUGGAAUAUUCGGUAUUUCACUCCAACUACCGAAAUGGGUCUUUGCGGACAUGCUACUUUAGCUUCGGCUGCUGUUCUGUACCAAACUUUGCCCUCAGAAGUCCUCCCUUCGGGCACGGCAGUUGUAUUCCAUGCAAGCGAAGAUAUCUUGACGAUGAAUUUAGAAAACAAUGGUGAAAAAGAAGGAAUUUCUGCAGUUUCUUCGUCACAACGGGUCUCAAAAGUGUCCAUGAAUUUCCCCCCAAAACCAACGAAGGAUAUUUCUACACGAGAAGAAAAGGCUACGGUGCGAAAUAUGCUGAAAAGUGCAUUUUCGAUAGAUUUAGAGCCAUUGUAUGUUGGUCUCUCAGACAUCGGGGACUUAUUGGUCGAGUUGUCACCGAAGACAUUUAGUGAGAUUGGCUAUGACUCCUUGAACUUCAAGGCGUUUUUCGAAUGGGAUGGAUAUUAUCGAGGUAUCGUUAUUUGUUGUGCAGCCCCAGAAUCUGCCGUCAAGGAUAAGACCGACAAAAGCAUAGAAAUAGACUUUUUGUCUCGAUUCUUCGCUCCCAAAGCUGGCAUCGAUGAAGACCCAGUCACUGGAAGUGCGCAUUGCAGUCUUGGACCGUACUUCGCAAAAAAACUUGGGAAAAAGAGAGUUGUUGGGCGACAAAUGUCUGUGAGAAGUGGUGUUGUGGAAUGUCUAGUUGCUCCCGAUAGAGUGACGUUGACUGGCACGGCAAUCACAACCAUGCGAGGACAACUAUUCAUGUGAAGAUGCUAAAGAUGACGCUAACAAAUAUGGACCAUAAAACAAAGCUAAAUUUUACAACCCCAAAUCAUAAACAAAGACAAGUUUAGAUG